AAUGCUAUUUGUUUCACUGUGCAAAUCGUUGCAUUGAACAACAACGACGCAUCCCUGCCAAUCAGACUUAGGCCCUGCACCACUCCUGCUUGAGUACCUUAGCUAGGCUGGUACCAAACGCACAGGCUACAUCAUAUAUCUGAUGGUUCUUUCUCCAGUUGCACUUGCUUUGAAGUCUGGGGCAAGCUGAGCUGUUGCAUCCCAAAGUCGCCUUGCUGGCGAGUCCAGCUGGCCAGUGAAGCCCUAAGUCGCAACCGCCCGCUCACCUCCAAACCCGCCGACACGAUCCACGAUCCCCCUCUUCAGCGAUCGGACUGGUACCUGAAUAUAUCGCCGGCAAUCUAAUUGCCGCCGACGCCAUGGACGCGCCCCAAGUCAAGCUGUCAGAGUUGCUUCGUCAUCCUGACGACCUCGACAAGAUUCUCGGUCUCAAGCAGGAGUUCACACGCAAGAAAGAUGCCGUCGACAGCCAGCUGCGGGCCGGCCUGCGCGAGCAGCUCGAGACGACACAGGGCGGCAUGAACGGCCUCUCCGAAGGCCAGAAGACGGUGCAACAAAUCAAGGAUGAGAUGGUCAAGAUUGAUAAGCUGUGCUCCGAGAGCCAGAACAUGAUCAAGGACUUUGCCACCAUCAAUCUAGUAUCACAGGCCCACCGCAAUUUUGGCGCCGUCGAGGCCAUGCGCAACAAUCUCGAAACCUUUAACGAACGCCUCAAUGCCGUCGAGCUCAUGCUCAAGGAGGACGAAGAGGACCAACAAGGGAUGCCAAGGCUGCUUUCCAUCCACUACGAACUCACUCAGCUACGCAAUAUCCGAGACGACGCCAUCGAGCAAAUAUCGCGCGCUGACGACCCAAGUCUGCAGUCUACGCUCGAGGACUAUUUCGAGCGCCUGGACAGCACCAUUGAUUGGUUUGAUGAGCAUGUCGGAAUGGUGUCCAUGAACCUCAUCCAGCUUGUCCAGUCUGAAAACAACAGCCUGGUCGUUCGCUUCGCCCUAAUCAUAGAAGCAGAGGAGAAGAGUGACCAGAGAGUACUGGCACUUCAGGAUGCACUGAAGGACCACAAGGAGAUGGCCGCGCGUUUUCAAAGCAUUACGGAUGGCGCCAAGACGGUCCGCGGCUACAAGGACAAGUUUUUGCAAGCCAUUCGUGCCUAUGCCAACGAACAAUUUAAAAUGAGUCGCGAGGAGGUUUUAGAUGACCCAUCAACAUUGGACAAGACCUUGCGUUGGUUUUUUAACGACCUAAAAGCCGUUCAGAUGGGCAUGGUGCCCCUUAUGCCCAAAAAGUGGAAAAUAUUCAAAACUUAUGGCGCCAUAUACCACGAGCUUAUGCACGAUUUUCUGGUUGGCUUGGUCGAUGACCCAGAGAGCAGCUCAACUACCACUCUUGAAAUCGUCGGUUGGCCUGAAAAAUACUACAAGCGAAUGAACAAGCUCGGCUUCAAGCAAGAUGAGCUGAGUCCUCACGUGCUUGAUAACCGUGAAGCUGAGCUGGUUCGUGACUUCAGGCAGCUUAUUAUCAAGUUUCUGGACGAGUGGAUCGAGCGCAUAUUCACUCAAGAACGCAAAGAGUUCUCGGAGCGGGCGUCAGCCGAGAACGGAAACCUGGACGCUGACGAGUUUGGAUACUUCCGCACAAAGACUCUUAUCGACAUGUGGAAGAUGAUGCGAGAGCAGCUUGAUGCUGCCGCCAACUCGAAACGUGCAGAUGUCGCCGAGGGUGUUGUCGAUGCCAUGUUCCUCCGUCUGCGUGCUCGUCAACAGUCGUGGCAAAAGAUGCUUGAGGAGGAGGCUCAAGUGUAUGAGUCUGGCAAGCAGCCUGAGCUGGAGGGUUUCCAGCCUUUACAGGAUUGGCUAGUGGCCACGGCAAACGAUCAAAUUGCCUGCAUUGACGAUAAUGAGGACGAGGGUCGUAUGGGUUAUCUGAGCAGCUUCCGGCAGAAGUUCGAGCCCAUCGUCUCACAGCCGUAUAUGGAGCGCGCCGACACCGAGAUUGAAGCCUUGCGUGAUGGCUACGUAGACUUUAGCACAUGGUGCUUGACCAAGUUUGUUCACAUGAUUUUUGUCAUCGACUUCAAGCCCGUCCUUGCCGACUUUUUCACUCCGAAAUGGUACACAUCAACAGCCAUGCGACAGAUGAUUGUCACGUUCGAAGAAUACGUCGGCGACUAUCGCCAGGUGCUGCACCACUCCCUAGUGGACAUAUUCAUUGAGCUGUUCGCAGACGAGCUCCUCGCACGCUACUUGGGGUGCGUACGAAACAAGGGCGCAAAGUUCAAGAGGUCCGAUCAGUUCCAGGAAAAGAUCUUCAACGAUGUACAGACCGUUUUUGAAUUCUUUGACGAUAUUUCAAUGCAGAACGGGUCCGACAUUGGCCUGCAGUUGAAGGAGAGCUGGAAAGUCAUCCAGCUUUUCGAAGGCCUGCUCAGCAGCCCCAAGGAGCAGGUGCCCGAUGUCUUUGAGCGCUUCAAGACGCAGUAUUGGGAUUUGCAGAUCACCUGGGUCGAGGCUGUUCUCAGAUCUCGUGACGACUUUGAGCGCGCUACCCUCAAUGCUGUCAAGGCUCGCGCUGCACAAAUCUACGUCGAAAGGGGCCCCGAGACUAUUAUGAGUAGAGUCAAGUGAGAGAUACCAACCAAAGGCACAAUCUCACCAAAUGACAUGUUCAAUGGCAAGCCGAGAGGGACAAUUCGACUAUUCCAACGGCCACUGAGCUUCAACACCACAUAUGACGACUCCACAACGAUGCGCCAACGUUUCCACUUACCAAAGCUCGUGGGCUAGGCAGGAGUUGGAGCUGGCAGCAUGCCAUGUCUGUGACCCGCUCAUUGGGCCAUGAGACGCCUGCCGGCAAGUUGGACUACAAAUCAUCAGAUGAGCCGUCUCUCUGAUUUGGUCCAUUGUAAGAAAGCCACUGGGAGUGAAUGGUGGCGCAAGGCGGAAAUUUUGACAGAACAGUGCUUGUUUGUGGAAUGGACGCAUAUGAUAGCAUGGGGAGGAUACGAUGCAGUAAAGCAGAGUCCGGCCAAAGAGGAAGGCUAAGAGGAACAUCAUCAGCAGGCGGUAUUGCAUACUAGUUCUAUGAAUAUGUCAACGUCUGACAGUUACCUCGAAUGUUCCAUCAAAAAAUUGGCGUUACGUGCAGUCACAUAACCUCUGGACGAGCCGAGUAUCAUAAAAAUUAUCGC